ACAAGAAAUUAAGACCCAAGUACUUAGCACAGUAUGGGAUAUCACGCUAUAUGAAAUACCUAUACUGCAAUCAGUUAACAACACUCUAACUACCGUUCUUUCUUGCUAUUUACCUCUGACAAUAGCUGAAAAAGAAAUUUACUAG